AUGGCAACCUCAACCUCAACCUCAACAACCACCUCCGCCCCAACCAUAACCCCCCGCCGCUGGAACGCGCGCGGCCACGCCGACCACUCCUGGCUCUACACCUUCCACACCUUCAGCUUCGCCUCCUACCACGACCCCAAAUUCCAAUCCUUCGGCCCGCUACGCGUCAUAAACGAAGACCGCGUGCAACGCGGCACAGGCUUCGGCACUCACUCGCACGCCGAGUUCCUCAUCUGGUCUUACAUCGUGUCCGGCGAGCUCGAGCACAAGGACUCCCUCGGCAAUCUGGAGAAACUGCGGCGAGGCGAGGUGCAAUUCACCAGCGCUGGGACGGGGAUAAGUCAUUCGGAGUACUGCCGCAAUGAACGCGAAGACGUGCACUUUUUGCAAAUCUGGGCGAAGCCGAACAAAAGCCGAUUGACGCCGCACUACGCCACGCGCAAAUACUCCGACGAAAGCAAGACGAACAAGUUUGUGCGGAUAAUGGAGAGCGUGGAUCGCUCUCCGUCCUUGAACAACCAAACCGCCACGGCCGAAACGGACCCCAUCCCCCUCCACGCCGACCUGAGCAUGAGCGCCACCAUCCUCUCCCCAGGCAAAUCCGUGACGCACGACCUCGUAGCGGAAGGCGAGAGGAAUGUGUACCUUCACGUCGUCAUGUCGGGCCGCAAACAACCGGCUACCGGAGGGGCGAGAAUCGAGGUUGGGGGCGUGGAGCUUGGGGAGGGCGAUGGGGCGUUUGUGCGGGGUUUGCGGGGGCCGGGGACGUUGGAGGUCAAAGGGACGGGGGAGAAGGCGGCGGAGGUGUUGUUGUUUGAUAUGGGGGUUUGA